AAGGAAAUAUAGAACUUGAAUUAACGAAAGAAGUAUUUCGUCAACUUAUUCUUCAAUUUCCAAGAUUCAAAUGUACAGUCUAUGGUGGAGGUUCAUGGUCAAAGUAUCGUUGGAAAGAAGUAAAAAACUUUGAUGUUUCUAAUAAUAUAAGAGUUAAUACGUUAUCAACUGGAACUAUUGAUGAAUUAAAAGAAU